AUGGCGGACGCCGGCGAAGAUACCACGCACGUACAGGAGCCUCUUGACCUCGUCAAGCUCCUGCUUGACGAAGUAGUUUUCGUCAAGCUUAGGGGUGACCGUGAGCUCAAGGGCAGACUUCACGCAUACGACAGCCAUUGCAACCUUGUUCUGGGAGAGGUCGAGGAGACGAUCUAUGUGGUGGAUGAGGAUGAAGAGGAUGAGGAAGUGAAGACUAUCAGCAGAAAGUCGGAAAUGCUCUUCGUUCGUGGUGACAGUGUGGUCCUCAUCUCGCCUCAAGCGUCCUCAUAA